ACAUGUAGAUUCUCCGCACGCGACGUGCGCAAAAGGUUCUCAACUCGCAACGAUAGCGCUGACGCGCCUGCACGAGUCAAUGAAUUCCUCGGCACGAGCGAGCCGGUUAGACCAGUAAAUCGGCGGCGCGUUGUUAUGCGAGCAUUUGCGGCUGGAAACCGACUCGAAUCAAGUCUCAUCAUUGCAACUUUUCAGUCCCGACAGUGCUCCGAUUUCGCGUAUUUAGCCGCAAGAACCACGGUGUUCCCCGGUUUUUUUCGAACUAACUUAUGCUAUACCAGCUCGAGAUCGAAAUUUCGUAGUUCUUCGCGGGGUAUCGAUAAGCGGAAAAACUCAAUAAGAUUAUUUUGUGCGAUAAAGUCACAGAGAUCGCGGGAGGGAGAAGCCGACUGACUUCUUCGCCUGAUAAGCAGCGCGCGUGGCGUGAGUGGCUAGGAAUUAACAGACCUUCAGAGUCUCUGGGUAGAGCACGAGUCGACGCCGACAAGACAACAAGCUAUCAUCAUGAGCGAGAAAAACGUGGAAAGAGCCAUCAAUUUUGGUGCUGGUCCCGCACAACUUCCACUCGAGGUACUGAAAGAUGUUCAAGAAGAAUUAUUGAACUAUGCAAAUACAAAAGUAAGCAUACUUGAAAUCAGUCAUCGAUCUAACGAUUUCAAAAAGGUCGUCGAAAAUGCUCAAGCAAGAUUGAGUGAACUGCUUAAAAUUCCAGACAAUUAUAAAGUCAUGUUCUUGCAAGGUGGUGGAACUGGUCUUUUUGCUGCUGUGCCCCUCAACAUGAUGAAAACUGGAAGUGCAGAUUAUAUUGUUACUGGUGCAUGGUCAUCUAAAGCAGCCAAAGAAGCUGCUAAAUAUGGAAAAGUUAAUUUGGUUUUACCCAAAACCACUAAAUAUACUGAGAUUCCUGAUAAAUCGACUUGGAAUCUUGAUCCAAAUGCAUCAUACGUUUAUUAUUGUGAUAAUGAAACGGUUCAUGGUAUUGAAUUCCAUGAUAUCCCAGACACCAAAGGAGUUCCUUUAGUAGCAGAUAUGUCAUCAAAUUUUGUAUCAAAACCACUAGAUAUUUCAAAAUUUGCCUUAAUAUAUGCUGGAGCUCAAAAAAAUGUUGGCCCAUCUGGUGUAACAAUUGUUAUUGUGCGAAAAGAUUUUAUUGGCACUGCAAUGUCCAUAUGUCCAUCUAUCUUUGACUUUGCAGUGGUUGCAGCAGAAAAUUCUAUCCAUAAUACGCCGCCAGUCUUCCAAAUUUACUUUGUUGGAAGAGUUUUUGAAUGGAUAAAGAAAAAUGGACGAGUAGAAGGCAUGGCUGAACUUGCCCACAAGAAGAGCAAACUUAUUUAUGAUGUGAUAGAGCAAUCUAAUGGUUUUUAUAUAUGUCCAAUCGACAAAAAAUGCCGUAGUAGAAUGAAUAUUCCAUUCAGAAUAAAGAAUGAUGAAGCACUUGAAAAUGCCUUUGUAGCUGGUGCUGCUGCUCUUAAUAUGCUACAACUUAAGGGACAUCGAUCAGUUGGUGGUAUUCGUGCAUCUCUCUACAAUGCUGUUACUCUAGAGCAAGUAGAGGCAUUAGCAAAAUACAUGAAAGCUUUUUAUCAAAAGCAUGCGAAUUGAAAUAGGAUCUUAAUAUUUAAUAGUAUAAGUAAUAUAUAAAAUGUAUACUUUGUUAAGCUCUUUUGUUAUCUUACUUUUAUAUAUAAAAUCUUUUGUACAUAUAUCUGUUGCCUAAUUUAUCAUUAUUUUUGGCAUCUAUUUUUGUAACAUCAUCACUACAAUUUUCCUUUGGUCUCGGAAUGUUUUAUAAACAUAUCAUCUAACAACUUUUCUAAUUUUAUAUUUGUACCUUUUAAUCCAUCAACAACCAACUUUGCCCACUGUAAAUAUGGUAUUAUUUUUUUAUAAAUGGUAUAAAAUAAAUAACUUGUAUAAUAUUGACUACAUUUGUUCGAAACAAAAUUGACUAUUUUUUAAAUUAAUUAAAUUAAAUAAUGUAUAAAA